GUCCGGGAGUCCCCCGUAUAUGGAAACUAACCCUCACUGCGUAGGGAGUCGAGAUUCCGACAUGCGAGACAAGGCCACCCUGACGUCUGAUCAAGUGCGAGUAGAUUCGCACUUGUCUGCGAGGACUUUGUUUCCCGUUGCCGAGGACAGUCUAUCCCACCGUGCGCAGCAGAGGUCUCCUGUGCUCAACACUUUGCUCCUGAAAGAGGGUGCGUCUUCGUUUUGCCAGGUGGGCGGGAUGCCUGCAUUGCGAAGGAGCGAAGGUGCGACCUUCGGUUCCUUCCGCUCGGGCGACCGCCACAAACUCCGAAUACAUUCGAAUUUGCUGACGUCGCCCUCCGCCAUAAGUGCUCCUCACGCAACAGUUUCGCGGGGCCUAGAAAAUAUCACGUCCUGCCCCCCGCAUCUUCAGUUGGACACAGGGUUGCCCUGCUCGCCUCCGUUCUCAUGUGUUGAGAAUCUAGACUGGCGGUCUCGCGACGUGCUGGAGGGGCCCCCUGUAGGAGUGUUGGAGACCGGGGGUGGCGAGCAUGAACGUCACACUCCUGGGGAAGAGGAGCGCUCUCCGGGAACCCGUGCUGUACAUCGGGAAGAGGAGACUCAACGCUGGCAGUCUUGCAAAGUGUUGGAGACCGGGGGUAGCGAGUGUGAACGUCAUGCUUCGGAGGGUGCGUUCGUGGACACUGGCAGCGAGAGUGCAGGAGCUCUGGGGGAAACGCAUGCUCUACAGCAGGGAGAGGAUACUCGACACGGGCCGGCUCGUGAAGACGUGAAGUGGCUCAACGCACGAGCGCUGGUGAUCGGGACAUCCGAAGAGGUUCUGCAUAGUCGUUCGGUUGUGGCCACGACGCGAGAGGGUGUCGUUAAGGGAGUUCAGUCGACGUCCGUGCAAGCUCCCGUUCUAGGCGACGAUGAAGAUGAAGAAGAACCCGCGAUUGAAGCUCGGGUUCAUGGCGAUGAGGAAGGCGGAGAACCCGUGGUGGAAGGCGGUGAGGUGACUGUCGACAUCCGGACAGAUCCACAGCGGAAAGAUGGUGAUUGUUCGCCCACCGGUUGCGGUGAAGGACAGGGUGGUCCACCGUCUGUCCUAAGCACCGCUCGCGGAAUGGCGCUUCAUGAAGCCAUAGAGUUGGGUGACAACUCGGCAGCCACCGAGCUGGUUAGCGACUCAGACGUGGCCGAGAUGCAGAACGUCGAAUCCUCCGUGGAAGGCGGUGAGGUGGUCGUCAGCAUCAAGAUUGAUCUAGAGCGGAAAAAUCAUGAUUCUCCGUUUACCCGUUGCGGUGCCGAACAAGGUGAUCGAGCAUCUGUCCUCAGUACCGGUCGGGAAAUGGUGCUUCAUGAACCCAUCGACUUGCCAAGCGACUCAGCUGCCACCGAGCUUGUUAGCGACACAGUCGUGGCCGAGGUGCAGAACCUCAAAUCGUCCGUGGACGUUGGCGCAGUGGCGCGAUAGGAGGGCGAGUUCCCUCAAAGGGCUCCCGAGCAC